UUUAUCUCCUUCCAUUGGAAAGUAUGGAUCUUUGUUUCCCUGCUGAUUUCUCAGUCUGCAACAGAGCUUGUCACAUAGUAAGCGCUCAAUACACAUUGGGUGAAUAAGUGAAUUAAUGUGUUUAACGUGUUGAUUUGCAUGCAAACUUAGAAUCAAGAUUGAGUACUGCUCACAAUUAACACUUAAUUGAGCACUUACUAUGUGUAAACUUUCUGGGUGUUUCAUUUAGUCUUCACAACCAGUUAUGAUGUAGCCUAUUAUUACCAUUUUACAGAAUAGAAAACUGAUGACCAGAAGUCUGUUACACGGCCCGAAAUUCUUCACCUGACUUGGAUUUUGUUUCCCUGGAGUACUUCACAAAGGACUGAAUUAAGAAAGCCUCUUGACCAGCCCUUAAGAACUGGGCUCUCUUCUAAGCAACCUGAGCUUGCGACUCUAAGCGUCCAUAGCAACCGUGGCGACGUACGCCCUUGAGCAAGAACCAGAAAGCGGGAUCAGGGAUAAGGUCAAGCCUUCCACACUCAUACACACCUACUGAAUCCAGAACUCAGAACAUCAUAUCAGAACGCUGAUCUGUCCCCGGUAGUGAAGGGAAUAUCUAAGUUAAAACGGUAACAGGGUGACACAGUCACCUGCGAAAACACUCCGCUACCGGCACCAACAGGCUGCGGCGUGACAGGGCGGGGACCGCGCAGAAAAGGAACGAACCCUGCCUCGCGCAGCUUCCGUAGGGCGGGCUCUAGCCGGACUUAUUUAGCAGCGUCCCUGCCCAAACCGGAAGUGUGGGCGGAGCUAAUAAAGCGUCGGCUCCCACUCAACGGAAGUGGCUGUUGGAGGCUUUAAGGUAGCUUUAAAUUCCUGGUGUCUCGGAAGCCUGCUCCUUUCAGUUGGAGUCGAGUUUUGGGCGACAGAUGGCGGUGGACGUGAAGUCGCGAGCAAAGCGUUAUGAAAAACUGGACUUCCUCGGGGAGGGACAGUUUGCCACGGUUUACAAGGCCAGAGACAAGAACACCAACCAAAUUGUCGCCAUUAAGAAAAUAAAACUUGGGCAUAGAUCAGAAGCUAAGGAUGGUAUAAAUAGAACAGCCUUAAGAGAAAUAAAAUUAUUACAGGAGCUAAGUCAUCCAAAUAUAAUUGGUCUCCUUGAUGCUUUUGGACAUAAAUCUAAUAUUAGUCUUGUGUUUGAUUUUAUGGAAACUGAUCUGGAGGUUAUAAUAAAGGAUAAUAGUCUUGUGCUGACACCAUCACAUAUCAAAGCCUACAUGUUGAUGACUCUUCAAGGGUUAGAAUAUUUACAUCAACAUUGGAUUCUACAUAGGGAUCUAAAACCAAACAACUUGUUGCUAGAUGAAAAUGGAGUUCUAAAAUUGGCAGAUUUUGGCCUGGCCAAAUCAUUUGGGAGCCCCAAUAGAGCUUAUACACAUCAGGUUGUAACCAGGUGGUAUCGGGCCCCCGAGUUACUCUUUGGAGCUAGAAUGUAUGGCGUAGGUGUGGACAUGUGGGCUGUUGGCUGUAUAUUAGCAGAGCUGCUUCUAAGGGUUCCUUUUUUGCCAGGAGAUUCAGACCUUGAUCAACUAACAAGAAUAUUUGAAACUUUGGGCACACCAACUGAGGAACAGUGGCCUGACAUGUGUAGUCUUCCAGAUUUCGUGACAUUUAAGAGUUUUCCUGGAAUCCCGUUACAACACAUCUUCAUUGCAGCAGGAGACGACUUGCUAGAUCUCAUACAAGGCUUAUUCUUAUUUAACCCAUGUACUCGAAUUACAGCGACACAGGCAUUGAAAACUAAGUAUUUCAGUAAUCGGCCAGGGCCAACACCUGGAUGUCAGCUGCCAAGACCAAACUGUCCACUGGAAACUUUAAAGGAGCAGUCAAAUCCAGCUGUAGCAACAAAACGGAAGAGAACACAGGCCUUGGAACAAGGAGGAUUACCCAAGAAGCUAAUUUUUUAGUUACAGAGAUCACUGGACAGUAUUUUACUACUGAAGGAAAUAGUCAAAAAGGCAAAUAAUGGAAAAAUAGUAAACGUUAAGUAAAUGCUGUAGAAGGAAUUUGUAAAUAUUCCACACAUGUAAAAUAUGUAAAACUGGAUUAUUUUUAUUAAAUGUGUUUUAAAACAAACUUAAUUCUGAUUUUUCUGAUGAGAGUGCAAAAGUAAGAUUAAGUUCAGUUCUCUGAAAUGUAGAAUUGAAAAUGCAUUAAGGAAACCUUAAUAAAAAUAAUCAUCAGUUACUUUGGUGAUUUGGCCCACAUAGCAUUACAGAUUUGUAGUAGCAGGGAUAGUAUUCGAAAAUAGAAGCAGUAGUAGUAAUGUAGCACAUACCUACUACCUAGAGUUAACAAAUGUUAAUAUACUAAAUAGGAAAAGAAAAAGAAAAAACUACAAAUGGUAUUGAGGUCCCUUUAAUAUGCCAUUCCAUUCUUUUCCUUUUCACUUUCCUGAAAGGAGAAUGACUCUCAGGAAAUGAGUAUGUCCUUCCAUGAUUUUAUACUGCUAUUUUAUAAAAAUACGUGCAGUAAAACACUGUAUUAUUUUGGGUCUCAAUAUUUUAUGAGUGAUAGACAGUACAUCUCAUAAUUUUUUAUACUCAAAACUUUUUAAAUUCUUUCCAUGUUAAUACAUAUAAAUCUAGUUUAUUUAACAUCCAUUUAAUAUAUAAAAAUAUAUUAUGUAUAUAACACUACAUACUCAUGCUUUAUGGACUAUUUUUCUUGUGCUGCAUAAAAAUUACCAUAAAUAUAGAAGUUUAAAGUAAUACAAAUUUAUUAGCUCACAGUUCUGUAAGCCAGAUGUCUGACCUGGCCCAGCUGUGGUUUUUGCACAGGUCAGAAUCAAGGUGUCAGUUGAACUGGGCUCUUUUCUGAGUUUCUAGGGAAGAAUUGGCUUCUAAGCUCACUCAUUUCAUGUAAUUUUAAUGCACAUGCUUCUUCUCCUUGUUAGCUGUCAGCCAGGGGCCUUUCCCAGCUUCUUAAGACAGUCCACAUGCCUUGUCACAUGGUAUUCUCCACCUAUAAGCCAACAGCUGUGCUUAGAAUCUGUUUGGUUUCCUUGUCUGCUACCAAGAGAGAAAACUCUGCUUUCUUUAAAAAGACAGAAUAGACUAUAUCAAGAUUCAAAACUUGCAUGUAUCAAGGGGUGAUAAGCACAGAGUGAAAAGAAUGGGAGAAAUUAUUUGCAACAAUAAAAAAAUUCUAUUAAAAAAUGGGCAAAGGACUUGAAUAGACAUUUCAUCAAAGAUGAUGUAGAAACGGCCAAUAAGCACAUUUGAAAAGAUGUUCAGUGUCACUUAUUAGGGAAAUGCAAGUCAAAACCACAAUGAGAUAUCACUUCAUACCUGUUAGGAUUUCUGCUAUAAGAAGCAAAAACAAAAAUAAAACAAAGCAAAAAACCAGAAAAUAACAAGUGUUGAUGAGGAUGUAGAGAAAUUGGGACCCUUAUUAUUGGUUGGAAUGUAAAAUCGUGUCACUGCUAUGGAAAACUGUGGACUUUCCUUAAAAAUUUUAAAAGAGCAUUUCCAUAUGAUCUAGCAGUUUCACUUCUGAGUAUAUACCCCUCCAGGAUUGAAUGCAGGGUCUCAGAUAUACACAGUCAUCAACACUGUAUGAAAGGAUCUAUUUCAUGUCAUCAUUUCUAGCACAUAAUCUUUGUGAUCUUUGCUAAUUUGACAUCUCAUUCUAAUUACAUUUUUAAAAUUUCUACUGUGGUUGAAUAGUUCCUCACAUUUGCUAACCAUAUAUAAUCCCUCUUGUGUACUGUUGAUUCAGAUUGUCAGUUGGAUUGUUCCAAAUUUUAUCAAUUUAUUUGAAUUUGCGUUUUAUAUAUAUACACAUGUAUUAUACACACACACACACAUUAAAAAGAACCUUUUUUAUUUUUUUUUUCACUUCCAGUUUUGGUAUUGUUGAAUAUUACGAAAUCUUUCCCUUUCUUACCUUUUAUUUCAUAUUAAAUCAUUACAUGUAUUAAAUCUGUGUAUGGUCUUUAUCCUGUUCCAUUGACCUACUGGUACCACAUUGUUUUAAAUAAUGUAGCUUUAUGUUACUGUCAUGAUAAUGAAUUUUUAAUAUCUAGUAACAGCAGUUCCUCAUCGUUACUCCUUUUUUUCAAAAUUUGCCAAGUUUUCAUCUUUUAUUAAUAUUUAUUAAUUCCAACUAAAUGGUGUUGCUUUAACACAACAAUAAAUGGUUUAUACUUUUUGUUGUUACCUCAUUUUUCCCUGUUGUUAACCUCAUCUGUUUAAGUAGUAUUUAACAUAGUCAAGCCAUGUAUGUAUCUUUUUUACUAGAGAUCAUAACUAGGUAAAAGUUCUACUAAAAUUUCUGAUAAUAUAAUUCAUUUCCUUUGACAUAACUGUGAUAUAAUUAAUAUAGCAACAUUCCCAGAAGGUAUUAAAGAUCUUUACUAUGUAACAUUUAUAGAAAGAAAGAAAAAAUUAAAUGGCUUAAAAUUCAGCAUCAAAACCAGGAAGUUAAAUCAGAAUGGUGUGAGUGAGUGCUAGAAUUCUGUGUAGGUCUGGCUACAAAGUGUCACCACACCACCAACAAUAGAAGCUAUAAAGGUAACUAACAGUGUUUUGAAUAUACUUCUGCCAAAGUCCCACCAUAAUAACUUUCUAAUUGAAGUUAAGGAAAUUAUUAAACUUUCUGUGGCAAAUGAAAAAUCCUGAAAAAUACAAUAAAACAAGAUAUAUGUAUUCAAAAAAUUUUAACAUUCAGUCACUCUGAGACAUUGUUACUUCUUAGAGCAUUAAUAUAUAUUGUUACUUAAGCCAGUUAAAGAUCCCUUUAGUCAAUCUAGUAGUUAAAUAACUUUUUUUUCCUCAAAAAACACUUUUUUGUUGUUUUUAAGAUGUUGGCAAAUACUGAAAAUUUCACAAGGCAUUAUAAUGUAAUGUAUAAAAUAUGUCAACACAAUACUAAUAAAUUUCUU